GCCACUCUCUGUCUCCACUGAGGAUUUUGAGACAGGACUAGACGGGUACGCCUCCUAAAGUUCUGUUCCAGGACUCCUGCUCACUGACCCGAAAACACCUCUACAGUCUUGUAGAACUGCAGCUGGCCUGUAUCAGAACCCAGCUCCAGGAUGAUAGCUGUGGAAUCCUCACCUAAGGAGAGCGAGACUGUUUGAAUUUUCACCAUGCUUCAGGAAGAAGGGCUGGGGUCUUCUGAACUUGCCCACCAGAAAUGAGCGAGCAGGAAAUAACCUACACUGAACUGAAAUUUCACACUCCUACUCAACAGCAAAUGUGGCAAAGAGCUGAGAAGACCAAGACCAAAGAUUUUCCUUCUCCAUCUUCCCCAUGGCGAUAUGUUGCAGUGAUUCUGGGCAUCCUCUGUGUAGUAUUGUUGGGAGCUGUGGGGUUCCAGAGUGUCAAACGAGACAACUGCAGCCUUUGCCCAGAAAACUGGAUACAGCAUGAGGAGAACUGUUACCACUUUUCUACUGAAUGGAAAACUUGGCAAGAGAGUCAAGAUUAUUGUUCUUCUCGGGGCUCCAGACUUUUGAAGAUACACAGCAAAAAAAAACAGGAUUUCAUAAAGCCUCUAGCAUUUUCUUAUCACUGGAUCGGAUUAUUCCGUAAUGGGAUCAAUGAAUCCUGGGUUUGGGAGGAUGGCACAGCUCUAACCCUUAACCUGUUUGCAGAACAUCCAGAUUUUAACAGCGGUGACUGUGCAGCUUUCAGAAUUGGAGAAGCCCACUCCUAUGGUUGUACACAAUCAAAACCCUAUAUUUGUGAGCAGAGGGCCACUUAGAUGAAGCCUGUUAUACCAGCAUAAGAAAGACUGGAGAAAGACACUGAGGCUUCUUCAGUGGCCCUCAGUGCCUCACAGAGGCACAACAAUUCAUGGAGCUCUUGGUAACUGGAACUUUUAUGUUGCCCUUUAACAAGGGGCGGCAUGUGCUCCCCUCCUUGGCUGAUCAUGGACCUGUUUCCUCCCCAACCCUUUUGAGGUGAUUAGUGCAGCUAGCUGCUUGAGGAAGGAGCACAUCUUGUUAUGCGGGGAAGAGCAAGAACUACAAUGGCCAUUCCCUGCCUGCACGCUCAUGCAGAAACUGAUCAAAAAUCUUGUCCAUAAUAAAUCAUCUCCAUUUUCUGACAGAUUUUCUUCCCAGCUGAAAAUUACUAGUUGUAUAUAGAUGGUUCUUGUUACCGAGAGAUAUGCAUAGAAGUCCCCAUUUUGUGGGUCGGUCUUAUUAGUCCUGAUUAAACUGACCAUAUUUUUGUUGUUUAAAAAA